AUGGACAUGGGCGGAGAAGGCGAAGGGCGGAGCAAAGCAAAAUACAUGAAGCUGUUGCGGAGAGUUGCGAACAGGCAGACUACAGAAGUCGUGAUUGAUCUUUCUGACUUGAAGAAGUUCUCCGAAGACACCAGUCUCCUCCACAACAUUCUCAAAAACACCCGCCGAUAUGUCUCGCUCUUCUGCGAAGCUAUCGACGCGUUGAUGCCCGAGCCGGACGUCGAGCUUACCGACCACGCCGGGGACGUGCUGGACAUCAUCAUGCAGCAACGGCGAGAGAUGAAUGACCAGAUUGAGAAUGGGGAGCGGCCGGCUGAGGGUGGAAUGUUCCCGCCAGAGUUGAUGAGGCGAUAUAACGUCUACUUCCGCCCUCCUCGCUCGCAGGAAAACCUUGCCGUCCGAUACGUCCGGUCCACUCACCUCGGCAAGCUCAUCACCGUUCGCGGCAUCGUCACGCGGGUAUCCGAAGUCAAGCCCCUCCUCCUCGUCAACGCCUACACAUGCGACUCGUGCGGAAACGAAAUCUUCCAAGAGAUCGCCCAAAAAGCCUUCACACCGCUCGUCUCAUGCCCGUCCGACGUGUGCAAGCGGAAUCAGACAAACGGUCAGCUGCACAUGCAGACCCGGGCGUCUCGGUUCAAGCCAUUCCAGGAGGUCAAGAUCCAGGAGAUGGCGGACCAGGUACCUGUCGGUCAUAUCCCCCGAUCCAUGACGGUCCACCUGUACGGUACUCUCACUCGGACGGUCAACCCCGGAGACGUCGUCCACUUUUCCGGUAUCUUCCUCCCUACGCCCUAUACCGGUUUCCGCGCUAUCCGGGCGGGUCUGCUCCAGGAUACCUUCCUCGAAGCGACCCACGUCCAUCAGCUCAAGAAGCAGUAUUCGGCCAUGGAGAUGACGCCGGAAAUUGCCGAGCAGAUUGAAGAUCUCCAGCAAGACCCUAUUCUCUACUCUCGGCUGGCUGCUUCGAUUGCGCCGGAAAUCUAUGGGCACGAGGACGUCAAGAAGGCGUUGCUCCUGCUGCUGGUCGGAGGUGUGACCAAGACGGUCGGAGAUGGGAUGAAGAUCAGGGGAGAUAUCAAUAUCUGCCUGAUGGGUGAUCCGGGUGUGGCCAAGAGUCAGCUCUUGAAGUACAUCACCAAGGUGGCGCCGAGAGGGAUCUACACGACGGGUAGGGGAAGUAGUGGAGUGGGUCUGACGGCGGCGGUCAUGCGUGAUCCAGUCACGGACGAGAUGGUACUCGAGGGAGGAGCACUCGUCCUCGCCGAUAACGGUAUCUGCUGUAUCGACGAGUUCGACAAGAUGGACGAGUCGGACCGGACCGCCAUCCACGAAGUCAUGGAGCAACAGACCAUCUCCAUUUCCAAAGCCGGUAUCAGCACCACCCUCAAUGCCCGCGCGUCCAUCCUUGCCGCCGCCAACCCUCUUUACGGUCGAUACAACCCCAAAAUCUCUCCUGUUGAGAAUAUCAACCUUCCCGCCGCCCUCUUGUCACGUUUCGACGUGCUCUUCCUCAUCCUCGACACGCCCAACCGGGAGGACGACGAGCGUCUCGCUCAGCACAUCACCUAUGUGCACAUGCACAACACGCACCCCGAGCUCGACUUUGAUCCCAUCGAGGCGACCAUCAUGCGGCACUAUAUCGCCCAGUGCCGCAAGGUCCGGCCUAUCGUCCCGCCCGACAUGUCGGAGUAUAUCGUCAGCAGCUACGUCCAGAUGCGCAAGCAGCAAAAGCAGGACGAGGCGGAUGACAAGAAUUACAGCUACGUCUCGGCGCGUACGCUGCUCGCUGUCUUGCGUCUGUCGCAGGCGCUCGCGCGGCUUCGGAUGGAUACGACGGUCGGGCAGGGAGAUGUGGACGAGGCGCUGAGGUUGAUGGAGACGAGUAAGGCCAGUCUGUAUGAGCAUCAGGCGAGGGACAGGGAGGGCGGGGAUGGGACCGACACGAGCAAGAUCUUUAGGAUUGUCAAGGAGAUGGCAAGCUCUUCGGGCAAGGCGGAAGCGAGGGAGAAGGCCAAGAAGGGUGGAAGGGGCAAGAAGGCGCGUAAGAUUGGGAGGCGGGCAAGGGGGCGUGCGCCCGAGAGUAGCGAUGAGGACGAGGAGGAAGAGGGAGAGGAGGAGAAUGAGGACGAGGAGGAAGAGCUAGAGGAGCUGGCGAUGGUGGAUGUGAGGAGUCGGGUGUUGGCCAAGGGCUUCACGGAGACUCAAUUGAUGGAUACCAUUCUGGAGUACGAAAACAUGGGUGUCUUGAUGCGGACUGCGAACGCCACGAGAUUACGCUUUGUUGCUGCGGACGAGUAG